AUGUCGCAUCCUCCGAGUAACUCCACUUCCCCAUACAAUGAUGGCCAUGGGGUUGGUUCCGACCACAAUCAAGGCCCCCCGCGGAAGAAGAUGAGAAAAGGCACCAAAAGUUGCUUGGAAUGUCGACGGAGGAAAAUCAAAUGUACGUUUGAACCGGGACGACCUGCCAUAUGCAAUGAGUGUUAUGCAAGAGGUUCGACUUGUAUUGAUCAAGAGCAUGGAGACAUACACACGUAUACUCAAUCCGCGGCAGAACAGUCGUCAUACAGUUUGAGGGAGCGAGUCUCUCAACUGGAAGAUCUAGUCAAACAAGUAUUGCAGCGGUUACCGGAGAAGGAUGCAAAUGGCUCUUCCAGUUCCGACACCGACAAAAGUCAAGUGGAUGCUCAGGCGGCCGAAGUCUUAAAGAGUCUCAAGAGUUCAUUGCGACAAGCCGAUGCCAGCACCGAAGAAUCGAUUUUUCUGCCGGGCGGACUUCGAGAUGACGCUCCUGCACUUACCUUGUUUGACAAUGCUGUCAUUACCAGAAGGGAGACUCAACCUGUGGUAUCCCGGGCUCAAUAUAACAAAACAAAGACUCUCCUCGCCGCUUUGAAUAAAUUAUUACCGUCACCUCAAGACCUGGAAAUCAUUUUGGAUUCAUCUUACGAAUGGUUUGCCAUCUGGAAGAAGAUGUUUCCCGAGAUCACCGACGCUCGAUGCGAGACGAUCAAAGAAUCUGUUUCUCAUUCUUUACGGUCGGAGAAACCUGCGGAGCUGGCCAAGAUCAUGCUUUGCAUCGCCAUCAGCGUCCAUCAAUUACCUAGUGAUUUCGAUUGGUCCCGACUCCACAUGAGAGAAGAGCCUGCUGAUUUGAUGGAACGAUAUAUCACGACGGUCGACAAAUUGAUCACGUCCGAUGAUGAAAUUGCCGCCACUCUGGAUGGUAUCGAAUGUAUGAUGCUCGAAGCCAAGUAUCACGUCAACAUGGGUCGGCCUAGACGUGCCUGGCUUCUCUUCCACCGAGCAAUCGCUUUCGCGCAACUCCUGGGUGUCCACAGAUUAGCAGCCCAAGCCGAUAAGACUUCUCUGGAUUACCAACGAUCCGUCAACGUUUGGUGUCAUCUUGUUUUGGGAGAUAGAUAUUUGUCCUUGGUCUUGGGCUUGCCUUAUUCCGUCGCGGACAACUUUGUCUCCCCCUAUAUUCCGGGAUCUGGACCUCGAGCCGCCGCCAAUGAUGGCGAAAUAUACGCUUUGAAAAUGCUGCCCAUAGUCACCAAGAUCAAUGAUCGAAAUCAAAGUAUCGUCCCCCUGGGAUAUUCUGCCACUUUACGGCUGGAUCAGGAAUUGGAAGAGUCGCACGCCGCGCAGGGCCCGGGUUGGUGGUCAGUUGACCGAUUCCCCAAUGCUUCUGUAGAAGAUCACUUUGAUCGAUUACAAGCACAAUUUUUCCAUCACCAGGCCAGAGUCCUUCUUCAUAUGCCAUUUAUGCUUCGAUCUUCAGCCGACAAACGAUACCAAUACUCUCAUACGGCUGCUUUGGACGGUGCAAGGGAGAUGAUACGGAUUUACGACGCUCUUCGAACGAACAAAUCUGUUGGACCCUUUAUUUGCAAACUGAUUGAUUUCCAAGCAUUUACUGCCGCAAUGCUCCUCUUGUUGAAUCUAUGCGGUUAUUCUCAACACCAACGUGGAACCAACGCACAACAACCGGAUUUAGAACAAGAUCAAAAAGAUUCCGAACUCAUCGAUCAGACCAUUGCGCUUUUGAAAGACGCUGCUCAAGAACCAGGCGGUGUGGUCGCCGCACAAAGCGCUCAGGCUCUAGAAAUGCUUGCUCGUGUCCGACAAGGCUGGGGAGACGAAAAGGGCCAUUCAUGCCGUGGUGAGACUUGUCAAGUGUCCAUCCCCUACUUUGGAACUAUUUCCGUUGGAAUGGGCAAACAAUUCGUCCCCAUCAAGCCUGGCACCUACGUUCAACGAACGUCAGGUGCACCGGGCGCACCACCCAACAUGACCAGUUCCGUAGCAGCAGGUGGCGUCGCCAAUUCCGGCCUUCCCACUCCUCCGUCCCUAUCUUCCAACAGUACGCAACCGUCGCCUCUGCCCACGACCGUCGACCAGCCUCAAUCUCAAUCUCAAUCAAUGCCCUCGCAAGCCCAUCGGGGCUCCAUCUACGAAUCAGCCACCUACAUCGCGCCAGGUCUCGAGAAUUGGCCCAGCGAACCGGACGAUCCCUUCAUCACCUUCGACAGCUUCAUGGCUUUCCCACCACAGGUACCAACCGAUUUCCCCUCCGCGGGCCCAACGACCGGCAGCAGCUCCUCAGGAUUCACACCCCAACACCAAUCACAAAGUCCAUACAAUGGUGCAACGAAUGAUAUAAACCCCAGUGUUACAGCCAGUGGCCUUGGCGGUGUUCCCGCUCAAGUGUUCCCGUUCGGUUCGUUCCCAUUCGGUCAGAGCGGAGUUGAUCUCGAUCAGGGCUGGAACUGGUUCGGUGUUGAUGCUCCUGUCAUCCAAUAA